AUGUUUUCCACCUUCGAACAAGCUUUCAAUUUCACGGCCCAGGCGGGAGCCUGGGCUCUCGAGAAUCCCACUUUAGCUGCAUGUGCGGUAGCUGGCGUUGGAGGAGUUGCUGUUGCUGCAGCUCCAGUACUAGUAACAGGCCCAGUGCUAUCAGGCCUAGGAUUUAACGUCGGUGGUGUCGCUACAGGGUCUAUCGCUGCUGGAAUUCAAAGUUCUAUGGGUAAUGUCGCAGCUAAUAGCCUUUUUGCCGUGGCACAAAGUGCAGGAGCAGGAGGUCUCGGUGGUGUGACUGCAAAUAUUGCUGCACAGUCAUGUGGUGUGCUCACGACUAUGGGAAGUGCUGGUUUGGCCUGGAUAAAGCGCAACUCGACUGGUUGA